ACCCCUUGCUUUUUCCUCCAAAGUAUGUUAUAUUAAGUUUCGUGAAGCAUCGAGUGUUGGUGUGGCCCAGCAUCUAACUAACACGGUUUUUAUUGACAGAGCUUUGAUAGUUGUGCCCUGCGCAGAAGGUAAAAUCCCAGAUGAAGCCAAAGCCCUUUCUCUCUUGGCUCCUGCUCCUACUAUGACAAGCCUGAUGCCUGGUGCAGGGUUGCUUCCUAUACCUACACCAACCCCUUUGACUACACUUGGUGUUUCUCUUGGCACUUUGGGGGCUAUACCAGCAGCAGCAUUAGACCCUAACAUUACAGCCCUGGGAGAAAUACCACAACCACCAAUUAUGGGGAAUGUGGAUCCAUCAAAAAUUGAUGAAAUAAGGAGAACAGUCUACGUUGGAAACUUGAAUUCCCAGACUACAACAGCAGAUCAGCUGCUUGAAUUCUUUAAGCAAGUUGGAGAAGUCAAAUUUGUGCGAAUGGCAGGUGAUGAGACGCAACCAACGCGAUUUGCUUUUGUGGAAUUUGCAGACCAGAAUUCUGUACCUCGAGCUCUUGCCUUUAAUGGAGUUAUGUUUGGAGACAGGCCACUCAAAAUCAAUCACUCCAAUAAUGCAAUAGUGAAGCCUCCUGAAAUGACACCACAAGCUGCUGCCAAGGAACUGGAAGAAGUGAUGAAGAGAGUAAGGGAAGCCCAGUCUUUCAUAUCUGCUGCUAUUGAGCCAGAGUCUGGAAAGAGCAGUGAAAGAAAAGGCGGUCGAUCGCGUUCCCAUUCUCGUUCAGAAUCCAGGUCUAGCUCAAAAUCCCGAUCUAGGAGGAAAAGAUCACACUCAAAACACAGAAGUAGAUCUGGCAACAGAUCGCUCUCAAGACACAAGGACAGACGCAGAUCCAGAAGUCCCCUGAAAAAACGGUCUAGAUCUAGGGAAAGGCGGAAAUCAAGAAGUCGCUCUCGUUCUCGGGACAAGAAAAGAGACAAAGAAAAGGUCAAAGAAAAAGAAAAGGCCAAAGAAAAGGAGAAGGAAAGAGACCGAGACAAGGAGAAGGAGAGAGACCGAGACAGAGAUAGGGACAGGGAAAAUGAGAAAGAUAAGGAGAAGGAAAAAGACAGGGAAGAGAUAGACCAGAACAAGGAAAAAGAAGAUAUUGAGAAAGAAGGAGAGAAGGACAGAGAGAAGAUUAAGGACAAAGAGGGAGAUAAGGACAAAGAGAAGGACAAAGAAAAGGAAAAAGAUGGCGAUAAGGAGAAGGAGCGAGAAAGAGAAAAAGAGAGAGAUGAUAAAAAGAAGAAAGAUAAAAGAUCCAGAACACCCCCAAGAAGCUAUAGCUCUUCAAGAAGAUCUCGUAGCUCCAGCAGAGAAAGGCGUAAAAGGAAGAGUAGAAGUCCCUCCAAGUCUCCUAAAACAUCCAAAACAACAAAAAGAAAAUCUUCACGAACUCCUUCUCCAAGAAGAAACAAGAAAGAAAAAAAAAGAGAAAGAGAUACAAAUAAUGAAAGAAGAGAAAGAGAACGCUCCACCUCCAAGAAAAAAAGUAGUAAAGAAAAAGAGGGAAAGGAGAUAUCUGACAAAAGUACCGCUACUUUGAAGGACAAAGAUCACACUAAAGAGGAUCAGAAUUCAGAAACUGACAAAGAAGUAGACAACAGAGAUACACAAAGGACAGAUGAAGUCAAACUACAACAGAAUGGGAACUGUCAACCAAAUGAAGAAAACCUCUCAAUUAAAAUGGAAGAGGUUUAAAGCAAAGAAUGGACCUCUUAUUCAACUAAAUAAUGAAAUCCAAAGCUUUUUAUUUCCCAGAAUGAGGAAGAAAAUGUCAAAGCAAUCAACCUGAACAUGUUGAUAGUACUAGUAGCUCUUCCAAUUCUUGUGAUAGCUUUGUUGUCUUCUUGCUGUAAAGCAAGAGAGCACGGACCAGUAGUUAUACCUUGAAAAGGCAGAUCCCAUCAGAACUAUUCAUCUCUGAAAAUCCAUGCAUUUCCGUGAUGGCUGUACUUAUUUGUAAAAUGAUUUAUGUUAAGUUUUUCCAUAAGCUGUUACAAAUAAGUAGAAACUGAAAGAUGUAAACCUGUACUACCC